GUUCGGAGCGGUUUGAAGCGAUUUGUACCGGUUUAUAUGAUUGUUUCGAAACGCUGUCAACCGCUACCAACCGCAAAAGCUGCGUUUGCGGGUGGUAGCGGGGAAACCAAUCAAGCUCUUAGUGUGUCUGUCAAAGAAGAAGUGACUAUUUGAAUACAAAAAAACCUUAGCUAAAAAAAAGAAGAAAAUAAUACUAACCUUCACUGUUAUAAAUAAAUACAGUAUCUAACCAAAAAAAAAAAACUAAUCUUACUAUCAAUGAGUAUUACAAAUACCAAAACCAGUCAUCAUCAAGACCGGUCUUCUUUGUGGUUACUACAUUAUGUCAUCGCAGAAUAUCGAUUAAACCUUGAGUAUUCGCGUGUCAAUUUUGAUACGGUUGGAAAUUUCUGACAAGUAAAUUAAAUUUACAAACAAGUCAAACACGUUUAUUCGAGUUUUUUUUAAAGUAUAUACAACAUUGGAAGUGAGAAAUGGCUUCUGCAGACAUUUAUAUUUCCCAGACGCCAAUACAAUUAAAUGAGCAGUUGAACGCAAUGAGUUCAAAAAAAUUAUCUAUGUCACUCUCACAAUCACAGCUAAUUUUCACGGAUACUAAACCUUAUAUGUUCAUCAGGUGGGUACACCAUUCUAUUUUCAUUAUAUCACUUCACAGUUACAGCUAAUUUGGUCCGGACAAUACUAAAUACACAAUUCUAAUUUCAUUAUAAUUAUCUACUUUCACCAGCAUCUCUUAAAUAAGUAUAUGGGACAACAUAUCAUGUUUUAAGCUUUCAUCUAAUUACUACGUUCAGCACAUGGGUUUGGUUGCAACAAUCGGUUAUACUUAUAUGUUUUAAGACCAAUCAACAUGCCUUGUUUUAGUGAGCAGACACAGUCCAGAGUCCACAGUAUGUUGACUUUGACUAUUAAGUAGAGAUAAAGAAUGUAGUUGACCAAACAGUACAAACACCAUUAAAUUUUAUUUAAGUUUUUGCAUGCAUUACUCUGUUUCCAUAUAUAUAUAUCAUCUCCUUCUCUUCUCUCACUCACUCACUCCUGCAUGCAGUGAUUCAAGAAGAGCUAUAAUGUCUCUCUUCUCCUUUUCUCUUGGUUUAACAAUCCUUGUGGUUAUCGUCUCCGGUUUAGUUUUCACUCUCACUCGAAGGAACUCAAAGACGAAGAAACGGUUAAACCUCCCUCCAGGCCCACCGGGUUGGCCGGUAGUCGGUAACCUAUUCCAGUUCGCGCGCUCAGGGAAACAGUUUUUCGAAUACGCAGAGGAGCUCAAGAAAACCUACGGCCCGAUCUUCACAGUCAGGAUGGGUACUCGUACGAUGAUCAUCCUCUCCGACGCCACGCUAGUCCACGAAGCUCUGAUCCAGCGCGGAUCUCUCUUCGCCACUCGACCCGCCGAGAAUCCGACCCGAACGAUCUUCAGCUGCGAUAAAUUCACCGUCAACGCGGCCAAAUACGGCCCCGUGUGGAGGUCCCUGAGGAGGAACAUGGUCCAGAACAUGCUCUCCUCGACCCGCCUCAGGGAGUUCGGAUCCGUUAGACGAUCCGCCAUGGAUAAACUCAUCGAACGGAUCAAAUCGGAAGGUAAAGAGCACGACGGUUUAAUCUGGGUGCUUCGAAACGCGAGAUUCGCCGCGUUUUGCAUUCUGUUAGAGAUGUGUUUCGGAAUCGCGAUGGAUGAGGAGUCGAUCGAGAAGAUGGACGAGAUGAUGAAGACGGUGCUGAUGACGGUGGAUCCGCGAAUCGACGAUUACCUCCCGAUCCUCGCUCCGUUCUUCUCCAAAGAGAGGAAACGAGCUCUCGAAGUCCGCCGCGAGCAGGUCGAUCUCGUCGUGAGCCUCAUCGAGAAGCGACGGAGAGCGAUUCGGAAUAAAACGGCGCCGUCUUUCUCUUACCUCGACACGCUCUUCGAUUUGAAAGUAGAAGGACGCGAAACGGCGCCAUCUAACGAAGAGAUCGUGACUCUCUGCUCGGAGUUUCUCAACGGGGGCACGGACACGACGGGGACGGCGAUCGAGUGGGGGAUCGCGCAGCUGAUCGCGAAUCCCGAGAUUCAAUCUCGGCUCUACGAUGAGAUUAGAUCGACGGCUGGAGAUCGUCGGAUCGAGGAGGGUGACGUGGAUAAAAUGGUCUUUUUGCAAGCCUUCGUUAAGGAGCUUCUCCGGAAACAUCCUCCGACUUAUUUCUCGCUGACGCACGCGGUCAUGGAAACGACGUCGCUUGGCGGUUAUGAUGUUCCCGCGGGCGUUAACGUCGAGGUUUAUAUUCCCGGUAUAAGCGAGGACCCGAGAAUCUGGUCUAAUCCUAAGAAGUUUGAUCCGGACCGGUUUAUAUCGGGUAAAGAAGAUGCUGACAUAACCGGGAUUAGUGGAGUGAAGAUGAUUCCGUUUGGUGUUGGCCGUCGGAUCUGUCCUGGGCUUGGAAUGGCGACCGUACACGUGCACCUCAUGCUUGCGAGGAUGGUUCAAGAGUUUGAGUGGACCGCUUAUCCGACCGGAAGCGAGAUUGACUUCGCCGGUAAAACGGAGUUCACAGUGGUGAUGAAGAAUCCAUUGAGAGCCAUGGUUAAACCAAGGGUUUAAUUUUUUAAAGUUAUCUACUUUCACGUAUUUUAAUUUUAUCUUUAUAUUAUAAAUUUUCUAAUUAUCCAAUAAUGGUUACAAGAAGCUUCUGUUAAAAAUAUUUAAAUAACAAACUUAUGAUCCAAGAGAUUGAUUAAUAGUAGUUGAUACUUGAUUGUUAAACC